AUGCAGAAAACAGAAGUCACACACGGGCCCUUAAGCGCCAAGGACAUGAAGAACCUCCAUAUGCCAUGCUAUCUGGGUUGUGAAUACCUCAACAUCGAUGUGAUCCUCCCACAAACGUGCGAUCUCUGCCUCGAAGACAUGGACGCAUUCUCCAUGUUCCGUCGAUUACCAUGCAGUCAUAUCUUCCACGGGCCCUGUGUAGAUCUUUGGCUGACCACACGCGAUGCCAGCUGUCCACUCUGUCGACGAACCUUUUAUCAUUUGCGAGGAACAAAGUCUUCACGCAAGCCACCCAAACAUUCAAGCAGAGCCGGUCAGAACAAUAGCAAUGGCCCGGUCUUCGAGAAGGGAUUUCUUCCGCGUUGGAUGCGGAGACGACUCUUGGCGGGAUAG